UUGAAGAAAAAAUCGAGCUUCCUCAUUUCAUCUUGAGUAGCAAAAUCCCCAUCUUUCUUACAUUCCCUUUCUCUCUCUCUCCCUCUUUCCUCACUCUCACUUUCAUCUUCGUGUCACUCAUUUCUCUCUUCAUCUUCUUAAUUCAAUCUCGAUUCACAUUUCUGAAGCUAGAUUUUUGGUGUUAAAUCUUUAGAAAUUAGGGUUAGGAUUUCGAUUUCUUUUUUUUUUUUUUUUUGAAAUUUUUAAAUCUUACUGUAACAGUUUCUGUUCAUAUAUUCGUGUUACAUUUUGUUUAGAUUGCAAUUCAAUUCUAUUGUAAUAUUAUUUUGAUUUUACGUAAUUUGGCAAAAUUCAAUUUUGUAUUUUGUAAUAGAGAGGAUUAUACAGUAAUCUAGGUUAGAAUUAGGGUUAGGGUUUUGAUAUCAAUAAAUUUUGUUAAGUCUUGUAUGAUUUUGUAAUUGGAUAUGGAGAGUUCUCGUAGACCACCAUUUGAUAGAUCAAGAGAAUUGAUUGCGAAGAAGCCGCGAUUAAAUGAAGACCAGACCCUCCGGCAAUUUCAACAACCGAUGCAAAGAUCGGCGAUUGGUUCGGGUUCGACUCGAUUUCGAGCGAAUGAGAGAGAUAAAGAACCGGACGAUCCGGUUCGUGGGGCUUUACAGCAGUUUCAGCAGCAUCAGGAGCUGGUUAAUCAGUAUAAGACUGCUUUAGCUGAGCUAACGUUUAAUUCGAAGCCUAUUAUUACGAAUUUGUCGAUUAUAGCGGGCGAGAAUUUGCAGGCUGCCAAGGCCAUUGCGGCCACCAUUUGUUCUAACAUUCUUGAGGUUCCUACUGAACAGAAGCUGCCCUCACUUUAUCUACUGGAUAGUAUUGUGAAGAAUAUUGGUAGAGAUUACAUCAAGUACUUUGCAACAAGAUUACCUGAGGUAUUUUGCAAGGCAUACAGGCAAGUGGAUCCUGCAUUACAUUCUAAUAUGAGACAUUUAUUUGGGACUUGGAAAGGUGUUUUCCCUCCUCAUUCGCUGCAAAUUAUUGAGAAGGAACUCGGAUUCCAGGUAGCUGCCAAUGGCACACCAUCCGGAACUACGACUUCUAAGUCUGAUUCACAGUCUCCGCGUCAGCCACAUAGUAUUCAUGUGAAUCCCAAGUAUUUGGAAGCAAGACAGCGUCUUCAGCAGUCUAGUAAGAUAAAAGGAACAGAUAUUGGCCUCGCAGAUGUUGGAUCUUCUGACGAUGUGGAGAGGCGAGAGAGAACUGCUGGUGCAGGAAUUGAAAGGCCUUGGAUGGAUCCUUCAACAAAGAUGCAGAAUACACGCCUUCAAAGAGAACCACUUAGAGAAUCCGGUCUUCAAAAGCAGGUUGGUGCAAUCUAUGGAGAUUACGAAUUCCCAUCUGGUCUUUCAAGACCUAUAAACACAUCAGGUGGUAAACCUAGUGGACAGAGAUGGCUUGGUGCUGGCAGAGAGGGGGAAGAGUCGGUUUCUGGUGAAAGGAAUGGAUAUGAUAUUAAGCGUGGGAUUCCGAAGUAUGCAGUUGCCAGGCCAGCAAGUAGUAGUAUUCCGUCAGUGCAGAAUCAGCCAAGUGCUGGUGAGAUGUCUGGGAGCUGGAAACACUCCGAAGAGGAGGAGUACAUGUGGGAUGACUUGGGCACCAAGGCAAUGGAUCCUGGUGCUACAGCUGUCAUAAAGAAAGAAAUUUGGUCUGAGGAUCUCGAGAAAGUGGAACCAGGUGGGUACCAUCCUAAAUGGCAAAGCCGGACUGAAGUCAGGUCCAAUUUUGAGAGAGAACAUUCCGCCGAUACUCUUUCUUCUGAACUGAAAGAACAAGUGCCAUUUGGACACUCAAGGUCUUCCCAGUGGAAGAUGCAAGAAUCUCACCAGGGCGAUAGUACAAGUUCUUUGUUACAGCAAGCGGGAACCCACUCCGUGAUUGGUCCAUCUUCAGCUAAAGUCUCUAGUUUUGGUCUCCCUACUACUGUGUCAGCAUCUGCAGGAUCUAUGGCGCGUCAUCCAUCUCUUGGGCAAUCUGUGAUGAAUCAGCGUCCACCUUCUCCUUCUUUAUCUAAAAGGGAUCCUCGUCAAAAUCUUGCUGAGAAAGAUCAUUUGAGAUCUUAUCCCUUGGUUCGAUCUGAUCCCAGAACAGCUUCGUUCUCAGGGCAGUUAAACACAGGUGUUCGUGAUAAAAGUAUUCAGGACUCUGCACCCAGUCGGCAUCAGAAUAUUAAUGUGCAAAAAAUGCAAGCACAAACUCUGCAGAAAACACCUUCUCCUACACCUUUUCAACAAAGGCAUCAUGUUCCAUCUUCUGAACAGGUGUCAAAUUCAAAGGCUGAGCUUUCUGAUAUAGUUCAGAAAGCUCAGAAGCUGCUUGGUUCCUCCUCAUUGAAGAAAGGUUCCUCAUCAGAUAGUAUGAAUCCAGCUGCUGUUAAUAUGCAAGGGCAGGCAAAUGUGAGUAGUUUACUGGCUGCUGUAAUGAAAAGUGGGUUGCUUUCUGGUAGCUCUCUUUCUGGGCAGAGUAAGAUUCAACCUCCGGAUUCUCUCACUCCACAAGCCGCUCUUAUUAGUUCCAAGGAUGGUUCCACAUCUUCACAUCCUCGUGAUUCUACUGUUGCUGUCUCUCAGAAUAUGGUAAAAAAGCCUUUGCUGGUGCCUCCAGUCUCUUCAUCUCCUAUGAGUAGUACAUUAGCACAAACUUCGAAUGCUGCAGCUGCCAAGUCAAACCCUCUUUCUAUUUUAAGCACAUUGAUAUCAAAGGGAUUAAUAUCUGCACCAAAAACUGAAGCACCUGCUGCUGUUCCUCUGAAGUCUGAGGACCUGCUUCAAGAAAAAAGUCUUACUGUUGUUACUGUAACUAAGGAUACAUGUCCAUCAGUUUCCAAAGUUCCUGCAGCUCUAUCUGAAUCUUCUUCUGAGAAGAUUUCAUCCUUGGAACUUGACAGAAAGAAAUCUGACUCAGUUCAAAGCACAAAAGAAGAGGCUGAAGAUCUCAUAGGAUUUGAAUUUAGGCCCCGUGUGCUCCGGGAUCUGCAUCCUGCUGUAAUUGACAGACUCUCUGAUAACAUGCCACACAAGUGCACUGCAUGUGGUGUCGAAUUCAAACUGCAAGAAGGGCUUGCUAGACAUUCUAAGUGGCAUGCCUUUAAAAAUUCGAUACAAAAUCGCUUGAAUAAGCCGUCAAGGAGAUGGUAUUCAAAACCUUCUGACUGGAUUGCUGGGAAGGCUGAAUUUCCAUUUGGUUACAACUCCACUAGUCUCGUGGAAGGGUCCAGCAGGGUCAGAGAAGAAAAUGAGAAAUUGGUUCCUGCAGAUGAAAGUCAAUGCGUGUGUCUCUUAUGUGGUGAGCUUUUUGAAGAUUUCUACAGUCAAGAGAGGGAUGAGUGGAUGUUCAAAGGAGCAGUUUACUUGUGUACCCCAUCUGGAAGCACUGAGGAAGGAGGAUCUUGUAAUGAGAGUGGUUCGCAAAAAUUGAUUGUGCAUGCCAACUGUAUGUCAGGUGAUUCAGGUUUUGGCUUGGCAUCUAUCAGGGGUAUUAAAGUGGAAAAGGUUACCUAAUUUUGUUAGACAACCUUACCUGCAGACUACAGUAAUCCCAAAAGGUCCUUCUGGGAUGUGAGGAAGAGGGUGGUGGCCUCAAUCGGUUCAGGGAGCUGGUGACAAAAGGACAAAGGUACAGGAAUACCUUUUGAAUAGCUUUGCACCAUGUAUCUGCCUUCUCUAUUUUUGCAGAGGAAGUUAUGCAAUGGGAUGUUGGUGUGAGAGCUUCUACCUUGUUUCCUCUGAAUUUGUCUGGUUUUGAUAGUUGUGACUUGUUAGAGUUCCAUUGAAGUAAAUAUAUGGAAGAGCUAAUAGCGCGCAUAUCAUCUAUUUGGAUUGAACUUUCCCCCAUGGAUAUUUUGGCACGGUUGAAGUGAGACUGCUACCUUCAGCACUCAGUGUCCAUAUUUUAGUGCUAGCACAACAAACUGAAGGUAGCUCAUCUCAACCUGUCACCGGAGCUGUUGGCAUGUGAUAGAUUGUUUUGACUGUGGAAUGAGCUAAAUUUUGCCCGUAUGUUUUCUCCCCCUUUUUACAGACUUGUUUUUGUUCCUUCUCUUUGUGUUUCUUUUUUUUCGGGGGGUGGGUGGGUGGGGAGGGUGGUUCGUUGUUGUAGUCUGACGUAGACGUGGAGGCGUAAAGUUUGCUUUCUUAGCUUUUGAGGACUCUGUUUUGGAAUUUGUAGUUUACAGAACCAUGUAACAUUUAUAACCCCAUACCCCUCAAAAAAAAAAAAAAAAAAAGGAAAAAGAAGAGAACAAGAAAAAAAGAAGAGGAGAAAUAGCUCUUCAACAAUAGAUAGGACGUUUUACUUUCACUGAUGCAUGCUGGUUAUCAUGUUUGUGUCAACUGAUAUGCUUUUGUUUUGCUCGACUUUGAAUUUGUUUUUAUUUGGUGGGUUUCGGUCUAUUAUAAGUAAUUUAUCAUAUAUCCUGAUGUAUCUUGAGUAUGUCACACUUAAGGCUAUUUUUUACUCGUAUUGCUCAUUUGAAAUAAUCCAAAUGUACUAAAAAUGAGAGUUUAAAUGAGCAAACGAGCAAAAAUUAGUCUUACCGGAUGUAUGAUGAAUCAACUUAGUCUAUCAUAGAAGAGAUGAACUCAGCUGCAACUGCAAGUGGAAUGUUGCUGCAUUUAUAAUGUUAUUGCUGUCUUGCUGA